CUGCAGGUCUUCUCAGAGGACCUGCGCAGCUUCCUGUAGAUGGCAACAGUGCCACCUGUUUGACCGGUGGGGCUGAGCCAAGGACUGAAAGAGGGAGGAGGCAAACAACUCGCAGAGGAGCUGGACAGCAGUGCGGUGCAGCGCAGAGAGCAGAGUGGAGCUCCCAGCCGCUGAAAAAAAGGCCCUCACCAUGGCCGAGUCCCCUGGCUCCUGUUCCGUCUGGGCCCGCUGCCUCCACUGCCUGUAUAGCUGCCACUGGAGGAAAUGCCCCAAAGAGAGGAUGCAAACCAGCAAGUGCGACUGUUUCUGGUUUGGCCUGCUCUUCCUCACCUUCCUCCUCUCCCUGGGCUGGCUGUACAUCGGUCUCAUCCUUCUCAAUGACCUGCACAACUUCAAUGAAUUCCUAUUCCACCGAUGGGGACACUGGAUGGACUGGUCCCUGGCAUUCCUACUGGCCAUCUCUCUGCUGGUCACAUACGCAUCCUUACUAUUGCUCUUGGCCUUGCUCCUGCGACUCUGCGGCCAGCCUCUGCAUCUGCACAGUGUCCACAAGGUGUUGCUGCUGUUCAUUUUGCUUCUUGUGGCCAUUGGACUUGUGGGACUCGACGUCCAAUGGCGACAGGAAUGGUAUAGUUUACGUCUGUCACUGCAGGCCACAGCCCCAUUUCUUCAUAUUGGAGCAGUUUCAGGAAUCACCUUACUGGCCUGGCCUGUGGCUGAUACCUACUACCGUAUCCAACGAAGAGGUCCCAAGUGUCUGCUACUGCUCCUAUUUUUUGGAAUUUCCCUGGCCAUCUACCUGGCCCCCUUAUGCAUCACCUCACCCUGUAUCAUGGAACCCAGAAACUUACCCCCCAAACCUGGGCUGGUGGGUCACCGAGGGGCCCCCAUGCUGGCCCCCGAGAACACCUUGAUGUCUCUGCGGAAAACUGCAGAAUGUGGAGCUUCUGUGUUUGAGACUGAUGUGAUGGUCAGCUCCGAUGGAGUUCCUUUCCUCAUGCAUGAUGAGCACCUGCGCAGGACCACAGAUGUGGCCUCUGUUUUCCCAACCCGAACCACCACCCACAGCAGUGACUUCUCCUAUGCUGAACUGAAGAGACUCAAUGCUGGGGCCUGGUUCCUAGAGAGAAACCCCUUCUGGGAAGCCAAGCAGUUGUCAGUCUCUGACCAGAUAGAGGCUGGGAAUCAGACAAUACCAACACUGGAAGAGCUACUGAAAGAAGCUGCAGCCCUCAACCUUUCCAUCAUGUUUGAUUUGCGCCGUCCCCCACGAAACCACACAUACUACGACACUUUUGUGAAUCAGACACUGGAAACUGUGCUGAGGGCAAGGGUGCCCCAAGCCAUGGUCCUUUGGCUACCAGAUGAAGACCGAGCUAAUGUCCAACAACGGGCACCCAGAAUGCGCCAGAUAUAUGGACAGCAUGAAGGCAACAGAACUGAGGGAACCCUGUUUCUGAACCUCCCCUAUCAAGAACUGCCAGAUUUGGAUAUCAAGACACUGCACCAAGAUAAUGUUUCGGUGAACUUAUUCGUAGUAAACAAGGCUUGGCUCUUCUCACUACUCUGGUGUGCUGGGGUGGAUUCGGUCACCACCAAUGACUGCCAGCUUCUGCAGCAGAUGCGUUACCCCAUCUGGCUAAUUCCCCCUCAAACCUAUCUAAUGAUGUGGAUUGUUACCAAUUGUGUGUCCACCCUUCUGCUUUUGUGGACCUUCCUCCUCCAAGGGAGAUGUACUAAGGAGAGAGAGAGAACUGGCUUAGAAACCGCUGUGCUGCUCACCAGGAUCAACAAUUUCAUGAUGGAGUGAAUAUCCUAACCUGGCCCUAGCCAGCCCAAAUCUGCAGCCUGUCUGCAUUGGCCAACAGCAAGGAAGGGAGAGAGACUGAGAUGGAGAGUUUGUUGGGGUUGGCAGUCAGGAUACAAUGUCAACAGGAGCUUCUGACCUUUGAAAGCCCUCUGGAAUCUGCUCUCUUUGAGGUAGUAUUACCUGAAGUAGUUAGGAAGACAGUGACUCAUAAGAGGGUUCUCAAUGAAACUACAACAAAAGAAGUGAAAAGGAGAUUGCCAAAAUAAUGUUUCAGACCUGUAUGCCAAUAUUCUUGUGUAGAAGGCAUGGGUGUGUCAGGGAUGGGGCAGCUGGACCAGUGUGUGAAGAUGAGAAAGAAAUGCGACAAGUGUAAAAUGAUGGAGAGACCAACCCUACUCCAUUCUCCAUUUGCCUCCCCUGGCCCCUUCAAUUUAGCUGCAUUUCUAGCUAGAGACUGGAAGUUAAAGAUUCCAUCUAUCCAUGUAAUUCCGUGCCUUCAGGUGGCUUUUAGCUGUGCUCAGUACUUUUUCCAAGACAAGAUGGUUCCUGUAUCUUUUCUGUUAAUCCGUUAAUCUGUCGAUUUGUUGUUAUUCAAUGAAUGCAAUUCUCAUUUGG